GAUAAACACUAUCGUUUCGUCUGGCAAGUUCGGACACAUAAUAAUUUGUUUGUUAACAGUAUUAUCUUGUCUUCCUUCACAUAUUAGUCUAUAAACACAACACAAUUUCAAUAUGGCGUUAAUGUUAAUUAUUCUAUUAGUUCUAUUAGUAUACAGUUUAUUCUUUCUUCGAAGUGCUUACUCCUACUGGCAAAAAAGAGGCGUCUACACAUUCCGUCCAACGCCUCCAUUUGGGAACGCAAUCGAUUUGGUCCUUCAAAAGGAAGCAAUCGGCGUUAACAUUCAGAAAUUCUAUCAACGUUGCAGAAAGGAACGGAUACCAUUUGCCGGCUACUAUCUCUUAACGAAAGCCAUCUUCGUGCCCAUCGACGUUGAGUUAAUUAAGCGGAUCUGUACCACUGAUUUCGACCAUUUCACCGACCACAUUGGACACGUAGACGAAAAGAACGAUCCGCUAAGCACGUAUUUAUUCAACUUGAAAGGUGAUCGGUGGAGAACCGUGCGGUCGUUGAUGUCACCUUCAUUUUCCCAUGGCAACGUAAAGAGGUGCUGCGAAACUGUUUUGAAAUACGCCGAACAAUUAAAGGUAUUGUUUGGCGGAAUGGUUGGCAAUUUGGAAGGGGUUAAUGUAAAGGAAGCAUGCGAAAGGUACACAACUGAUGUGCUGAUCUCAUUUACGUACGGAAUCGAAGCCGGUUUCUUAGUCGAUGCGAAUUCAGUCUUUAAAAAGUAUGUGGAAUUGGUCUUUGGUGCGGGUUGGAAGCAGUCCCUGCGAUUGAUGUUAAAUAUAAUUUUCCCAGAGAUGUAUUCACUAUUAAAACUGAAGGUCUUCGAUGAUGACCUCGCCCGAUUUUUUACCGAUCUUGUUUUUCAACGGGGUGGCGGGAAAAUCGACGAUACCCGACGCGACGUGCUCCACAACCUAACGCAUGCUGGUAGCAAAAACGACUUGAGCAUGAGCGAAAUCGUGGGGCAAUGCUUUGGAUUAUUCCUAGCAGGAACUGAAACGACAAGUACCGUGAUAGCGUUUACUUUGUUUGCGUUGGCUUCUGAUGAGGACGCUCAAGAAAAAGCCAGGAGUGAAGUUGUGAAAGCACUGGGAAAACACCAAGCGAUCACUUACGAAGUUCUCAAAGGUCUGGACUACACCGACAAUUGCAUUUCAGAAGCUAUGAGAACAUUCCCACUUGCCCCGAUAAAUACGCGCAUUUGCUCCAAAGCGUAUAACGUUCCCAACUCCUCGGUCACUCUCGAAAAAGGGACCAACGUCUUUAUACCACUCCAGGGGGUUUACAUGGAUCCGCAAUAUUUUCCAGAUCCGGAGAGAUAUAACCCAGAAAGAUUUGCGGAAGACAAUACAGAAAACGACACCUCGGUAUUCUCGCCGUUUGGCCUAGGUAAACGCCAAUGCAUCGGUUACCAACUAGGAAUACUGCAAAUCAAGGCGGCCAUUGCUGUGCUAUUAACCAAUUUCAGGUUUACAGUCCAUCCGGAUUCUCAGUCGCCAAUUAGGCUCAAUCCAAUUUCUUUCAUUCCUCUUCCCGUUGUACCAUUUAAGCUUAACGUCCAUAAAUUGUAACUUCUCAUUUAUCAUUAUAAAAAAUAAAGGCUUUAGAAUUAAAAAAA